AUCACGAACCAUUUGUAUAAAAGAACCUCGUAGAUCUCGGACGAACAGUUGAACAACAUGCUAUUGCGUCAAGUGUGAACUGUUCAGUGAAUGUUACAAACAUGAAAGGUAUCAGCAGCUUAUUGUUCGCGUCUUUAAUUAUUUACACCUGCGGUGUUCCACGUGAGAGUUCGGGAUGGAAGUCUGCCUUGGAGCAAAUUCAAAAACAACGCGACGAAACAGUUUCGCCUGUUUCCAGUACAAACAGUGCGCAAGAUGAACCAAGUAUCGACUACAAACAGCUUAUUCAAAAAUACUUGAAACCUGAUGGUGAUCGAAACGGUGAUAAUACUACAGAGACAGGGAAAUCUGGAAGUAUUUUAGACUGGAUCCUGCGAUGGAAAAGCAAUGGCACUAGGUCUAAUACCGAAGAUAAUCAGACUGAAGACAACUCACCUUUUGGAAAAAAUAUUUGGAGAAAGUAUGCCAACCGAUGGUAUAGAGGAGAAAAUAAUGGCGAGGAAAAGAGUUCCACUGUAAGUGACUCUGAUGCAAAUAAUUCCAACAAAAAUGAGUCCAAUAAAAAGAAGAGAAGUCUGAACGAGGAGGAUCCUGACAAAACUACUUCCGAAGUGAACAACUCCGAGGAAAACGAAUCCAACAUAAACGAUUCCGAUGCAAAUACAUCCAUCGAAAAUGAGUCUAAUGAAAAUUCCAACAUGCAGAAUACUCGGGAAGUAACACCUCGCGGAAGUAGACAGCGGAGAAGUCCCAAGGACUCCGAUAAUGAUUCUGAUGAUAACAACUCCAAUGAGAGUGAUUCUAAUGACGUAACAAACGAAAGUAAUUCUGAUGAUAAUAAUUCGAACGAAAGUGAUUCCGAUAAAAAGAAACUCCGUGGAAAGGAUGCGCGUGAGAAGAAUUCUCAUCGAAGAAUUCCUAAGAAGUCCUCCGAGGACAGGAAUUCUGACGAAAUAGUUUCCGAAGAUGAUCCUAAUUCCAAUGAAAGUGACGACGUAACAAACGAAAGUGAUUCUGGCGACAAAAAUUCAAACGAAAGUGAUUCCGAUAAAAAGAAAAAAAAUCCUGACUUGUCAGACUUGAGUGAAGAAAGCGGUUCCGCCGACAGGAGCCUCGAUGAUAAAUCAGACAACAGUCGCGAUGAAGAGAUCAAAAAGAAGAAAGACAAAUUAAAGGACCGUCGUCGUCGUAAUCAUGGUCAAUCGUCUGAUAACUCUGUCCAAAGUGCUAGCAACGAGACAAAUUCUGAAGAAAAUAAUUUCGAAGAAUACUUGGAAAAAGCCAAACGAUACAAAGAGAAGCGCAAAGAAAUAGCGCAGAUGCUCGCAAAUGCUGAUGCUAACAGACGUAGAUGGCAACAAUUGCAUAGAGAAAGAGAUAUGGAAUGGAGAAAGAAAAUAGACUCGAAGAAGGAAAUACUGAAAAACAAGUUCGACUUGAAAGAGAAAAUAAUGCGUAUUUGUAACAUCACAGACGAGAUUAAAUAUAAUAAUACUAGCAAUGUAAAGGAAUGCAUCAGAAAUUAUAUUCAUUCAUUGAUCAAUGCAUUAGAAUCGUCAAAAGCUGAAAUAACGAGACCAUCAGAGGGAAAUAAAACAGCCCCAGUAGUACCUGAUUCCAAGUUAUCCAUCAUUUAUUCAAUAUUAAAUAAAAAUAGACCACCAACUGGUACAAACAUCAAUGGUGCACCUAAUCCAACGUCUGAUCCAGAAAUAGACGUGAAAAUACCUGAAGAUAACGUCGUCGUCACAGAUGAAGCACGCGUAUCUGAAAUCGACAUCAAUGGUUGGAUCGAUGUCAACCUAGUAGCCACAGAUGACGGUUCCUUAAAAAAUAAGAAGCCUUCCAUUAAUGGUAAAGGUCCAAGCGAUUCGAAUAUUCCACCAUCAGGUGGAAAACAGACACCUGAAUCUCAUCGUAAGAAGUCACAACCAACGCCUACGAAAAAUAAGCCUGACGUUUCAAAUAGCGAGAAGCCUAAAACUGGAGCAGACAACUCCUUGGACAAUAGUGGAAAAUCACCCAGUAACGAACCUAACCAGGUUGAAAGUGGUAUCAACCAACCCUCAGAACCUAAUGAAAAUGAAUCACCAAAGUCAACUCCGCCAGCUGCGGAUGCUAGUUUAUCAAAUGAACAGUCAACUCCACUGGAUGUGGAACCGGCUCUGACAAGUGGACAGGGAAGUGAAGCAGAAGAUGCAGAGUCUCAAACAGAUCCUGAUGGCAGUGACAGUUCUCCAAUUAAUACAAGUACUACACCUACAGCAAGUAACUCGUCCAACAAUGGAGAAUCAUCUAUCGAUGAAACUAAACCAUCUAAGUCAAACAUUAGUCAACCUGCAGAACCUAAAACUAAUGGUUCGGUGGUACUUCGUCCAAUACUUCAGGAACCUACUCUAACAAAUUCAGGCGGAGAUGGACAGAUUUCAGAGGAUACAACAGUAUCAACAGAAGUCCCAAACACAGCUACUCCAGACGGAAGUUCUGAGACUAGUUUAUUAUUCAACACUAUUGUCUCGGAGAGCAUAGAAUCGGUUAAAGCGACUACCGCAGUUCCAGUCAAUGUUGUUCCAGAAGAGCCAAUUGAAGAGAACCUUGUGUAG